AUGCCUGCCAGACGAAGAAAUGAGAGCAAUACUCAACGUACUGGGUUGCCAGCACCCCAUUUUAACAGUGCCUCUACUAACCAACCAUUUCAUGUCUCGCAGUUGCAACAAAUGAUUUGCUUGGACGGAUCACAUAGCUGGGGGAUGCAACAAGUCCUUCAGAUACCCCAAGCUCAUUAUGUGUAUCCACAGGGAAACUGUCCCGGCUUUUUUGGGCCUGUACCAAGUGGUCCUCCUCAGGCUAACAGAACCACACUGUCGAAAAGACAUGGGAGAGGUGGGAGACUUCAUUACGGUAAUAGUGGAAUGGGGGUGGCUCAGAAUUAUGUUCACGGACAAUAUUCUGUUAAAGUUCCAGAUGUAGGAAAUUCACAUGAACGUACUGAUAGUAAUGUAUCUCUUUGGACAAAGAAAAAUCUACAUGCUAUGGUUAAGGCCUUUGUAGACGACCCGAAUGCAAAUGAAAUGUCGUUUCCCCCAACCUUGUCAGCUGCGGAACGUCAUUUAGUACAUCAAGCUGCAUUGAAUUUUAACUUGCAGCAUCGUUCAUCAGGGAGCAUGUCUGAACGUGUCUUAACGUUAAAAAAAAUUGGAAGUAUUGCCACUCAGGAAAAAGAUCGGGAACUUGCGGCCUUUAACGGUAUUCGUGUAAAAACGAUUGAUGGAUACCAAGGUGCUCAAAGACUUCCUGACGAUGAUGUCAGAUUAAGAUUGAAUGACAUCAAAAUUUUAAUAACUCCUUUUCUGAGAAAAAUGUAUCGACAAUUGAAAGCGACAGCUGAGAAACCCCCAAGAGCACGUCAUUUAAAUGUUGUACAGCCAGGACUAAAUACAGUUCCUCAAGGAAAUGUUCAACAUCAGAGGUAUGAGGAGUUGCAGGAAUUUCGUAAGUCUUUACCUGCGUAUAAACGAGGAGAUGAUAUUGUUAAUGCUGUGAGGGACAACAAUGUUUUGAUUGUGAGUGGAGAUACUGGAUGUGGUAAGACAACUCAAAUACCUCAAAUGCUGUAUGAUUCCGGUGUAUUUCAGAAAGAUCUGGAAAUCAUUUGCACGCAGCCGCGGAGAAUCAGUGCACUCUCUGUUGCACAACGUGUUGCAGAAGAGCGUGGUGAAAGUUGUGGAGACAGCUGCGGUUAUAUUAUACGUUUUGACAACACAACGAGCUCUAACACCAAGAUUGUUUACAUGACAACUGGGAUACUACUGCGUCGCCUACACACUGAUCCGGAGCUAAAUGGUGUUUCUUGCAUCCUUGUGGAUGAAGUGCAUGAAAGAGAUGUCGAGACAGAUUUUUGCUUAUUGCUGCUCCGUGACAGGCUAAUGGAACAACAGCGGAAAAAUCCACUUUACAAAAAUCAUGUAAAGGUUGUGGUUAUGUCUGCUACUAUACAAAUAAAUAAAGUAACCUCGUAUUUUGCUGAUGUUUGUGGUGGAAAGGCACCACCUGUCAUUAGCAUACCAGGGACUUUGUUUCCUGUAGAGGAAUGUUUUCUUGAGGAGGCUUUAAAAUGGACUCAGAUGCCCCUUUCGGCAAUUCCUGCUAUCUCCAUGUUGUCUAAUGUCUCAGAAAAGAAAACCACGAAGGAGGAUUCGGGGGAUGGAAAUAGUCACUCUCUUUUCGAAAGGAUUAAAGAUUCUGUUUUUGAGGAAACAGGUCGUGAUCCAGAGGCCUUAGUCCCAUUUGAUCUUGUGCUGAAGUUGAUUUCUUAUAUUCAUGGGCGCUCGCAUGACCUAUCGGAGAGCAUUUUGGUAUUCCUUCCAGGAUGGGCUUCUAUUAGUCGAGUGACUACCUUGAUUCAACGAUCUUCUAUUGCUCGAGAGUUGUCCGUUUUACAGCUUCACUCUAGUUUAACUGCAGCAGAGCAGCAAAGAGUGUUUUACCGAGCGCCCAAGCGAUAUAGAAAAGUAGUACUUUCUACCAAUAUUGCGGAGGCAAGUGUAACCAUUGAUGAUAUUGUAUAUGUUAUUGAUAGUUGCUUAACAAAAGGCACAUCGUACGAUUCUGGGGGAAACACAUCGGUUCUUAAAGCUACGUAUAUCAGUAAGGCGAAUGGUAUGCAGCGCCGAGGUCGAGCUGGACGCUGUAGAGCAGGUUUAUGUGUUCAUCUUCUUCCCAGAGCUGAAUAUGGCAAACUUCCUGAAUUUCUUUUACCAGAAAUUAUGCGAUCUCCACUGGAAGAGGUUUGCUUACACGUAAAAGCUUUGAAACCAGAUGAAGGUUGUGCAAAAGCAUUGAGUCGUGCUAUUGAUUCACCACCAGCAGAUUCUGUGGAACAUGCAAUUAGAUUUUUAAAAGAUAUGGGUGCCUUUACCUAUGAAAAAGAGCAAUUGACAAAUCUUGGUAGAGCUCUUUCAAGGCUUCCUAUUCAUCCUCUUUUGGGUAAAAUGCUUCUCGCAGCUGCAUGUCUAGGAGUUUUGGAACCAAUCGCAACGAUUGCUGCCUAUCUUUCUGGGAAAUCACCAUUUAUUAAACCCUUGCCAGAGCAGAAGAUAGCCAUGCGAAAUGCCAUAAAAAACAUUGACAACGGUUUACUUUCAGAUCAUUUAUGUGCUAUGAAAUUAUUUGAUGAAUGGAAAAAAUCCAAUUGUAGCGCUGAUUACGCGAUGCGGCAGUUUGCAGAUCAGACUGUAUUGCGUUCGAUGGAUCGAAUUCGAAAUCAGUUGCUGCGUCUUGUGAAAGACUCUUCAUUAUUACGCAAGUCUAAUGAUCCUAUGCGAAUGGCUUCCCGAUACUCCGGGAACUUGGGUCUAAUUCGGCUGGUAGCUCUGUGGUCUUUUUAUCCUCGCAUUGCAUCGGUGGAGUAUCGAGCGAAACGCAACAGGAGAAGGGCAGAAAUUUUUUGCUGGGAUAAUAAAGCUGCCCAAUUUAGUAUGGGGUCUGCCGUAGCAAUGCAAAAUCGAGACGAUUUCAAUGAUAGAGCGUUUGUUUUUUACCAUGAACGGAUGUAUCUUGAGGCAAAUCUCACAUUGUUUGAUGCUACAGCCGUGACACCCGUGGAGACGGCUUUAUGUCUUCGUGAGCUCACACUUCGACCUUUUACCGAAGUGUCACCAGCUUUUCUCAUGGAUGAGGAAAGCAAAAUGGCACCGGCAUUUCCAUUUACUUUGGAGAGAGAAGAGGAAGCAAAGGAUCUUGCAGUGCUGUUUUUUGAUGGAGAUAAGAAAGUGUAUGUGACGUCCCUACCUGUGGGCUUGCUCGUGCGAGAUCUUAGGGAGUGUAUGGACUACUAUCUUGCCUUGGCCAUAAAGGAAGUUAGAGCCGAUCUAUUUCCUGAGAAUUUGAUACGGGCGCUGGCCUACACCGUUGGAUACCCUCUCAAUGAGAAAACGUGUGUUGGUGUCAAUGAAAAGCAUGAUGAACCUGUUACUAGAGGUGAGGAAGAACAAAAGUCAUUCGAACCGACGAUGACUGUUUUCAAAAAUGACUACGUGGAUGAUAAUUAUGAUGACGAGAGUGAUGCACCUGAAAUUGUCAUGGAAGCUUUUGAGGAUGUGCAGAUGACUGAAGAAGAAAUUCAACGUGCGAUUGCAGUUUUUGGAGAAUUGGCCAUUCUCAACCGUCACCGUGGUUCGCGUCUGCUUGGCGCAUUUGAAAAGGGAGAACAACUGCGAGAGGUUGAGGCUGAUAAGAGACUUGAGGAAAACAUUAUUCCAGAGGCAGAAAAUCAAAAGCUGAGGGAAAAAGAGGGUCAGAACGCUAAUGAAUACAGCGACGAGGAAGAUGACGAUGAGGACAUUAUUGUAGCGAAGGCGGGUGAAUUGGACAUUGGUUAUGAAUGCUGGUAG